UGCUAUCGUGCAGUUGAUAAAAAGGUACCUGGAAUUGGGGUCGGUUUUUGUGGAAGUGAUCUGAACUGGCAGAGAUCUAUGAAAUGCUAUGGAUACUCCUUUCAUCCUAGCCUCGGGAUUGGUGCUGUGGGACCAGGCCCCUCCUGGCAUGCUGACUUCUGAAGAAUCUAAACUGAUGGGGAUUUUUUGAGCAUUGCUAAUUGAACCCAACAAAAAUAUGGCGACCAUUUCUCAUAUUACUCCAUCUGAAAAGCCUGAAGUUUCUGAUUACUACUUUCAUAUUCCUGAAAAUGCAGAAGUGAAAAGAGUCCCAAUCUCUAUGUUGUCUUCUUCGGUUCAGCAGAGAAUAACGCGCCUGGGUGACUGCACUGACUUCACCAAUGCUCCUUAUGUAAUAGUUGUGUCACCGAUUACGAAGCAAAAGUUCCCGAACAGCCACAUUGCAAGAAUGACAGCAGCCAAGGAAGAGGCUGAACGUUGUCAGGUGGCAUUAGGUGACACGGGUCAAUCAUCUGAAGAAAGGGCAUCUCCAAGAAAACCAGACAAAUGGAUGAGGAAAGACCAUGAGACUUAUUUGGUGCCCAUGAAAUGCUGCAAAGACAUUGCACUGACCAUACUACAACUGUCCCAAACAGGCAAUGGGGAGAACUCAAGUCUAGAGAGCGAAUUACCAAACAUCAGUGACUCCCUCAUACUUAACCUACAGGUGAUCAAGAUGAAAGCCACCGCUCUGUGCAUGUACAAAAACAUGAUGUAUUUACUGCCAGAAAGCAUAAAGAAAAAUGGAAGCAAUGGAAGAAAUUACUGUCAGGAAAACGUGGAAAAAUCUGAAGCCCCCGAAUCCCAGCCAGGGGCCGAAAUGAGCAGUAAGAGCGAACGCAGAAAGAACGGACUAGGCUGCGUGACACUACGCAAAUUCUCCUUUCUACAGCAGCAACAUCAUAGAUUAAAGGACAUUGUCAAUGGGAAAUCUGCAUCGGUUGUAAAAUUGCAGAAUGAGGACAGAUGGGACCGACCAGCAGGACAGAAAUCUACCUGUGCCAGUCCAUCCUCAAGACCUUCAACUGAAAACGAUCUACAGAUUUCUUUUUUGGAACAUUCAGGAAGACACAUUAAAAGAAAACUGUCAUAUAUUGGCAACAGUGAAACUCUAGUAAAGAAAAUUCAUAUAAGUGGUUCUGCCAAAAAACAAGACUCGCCUGCAGCAAAGAAUGCCUUUACCCAUUCUCAUCUGCCAACCCUUUUACCAUCUUCAGGUUCUGCUUCAUCACUAGCUUGUCAAGAGCCUCCACCUUCAUUCUUCUCAACAAACUUGACUCAAAGUGUAAAACAAACUGAUCGUGAAGGACUCUGUCCUUCCAGUCUACUGUGCAGUAAAUUUCCAGCUAUGGUUCCUGCUUCCCUGAUAUCUGACCCAAGCUGUGAGGAUAAUAGCCGGCUCAACACCAAGUCCAGUCUGGGUUUGUCAACAUUUACAACAAGUACUGAAGACAGUCAUGAGCCAGAUGAGACUCUUCUGCAUCUUGAACCAGUGUCCAGUCCAUCGUUAUCAGGGUUUAGCACAAGUUCUGAAGACAACCAUGAACCCGAUAAGAGUCUUCUGUGUCUCAAACCCAUAUCCAGUCCAUCGUUGUCAGAGGUCAGCACAAGUUCUGAAACCAGCCAUGUGCAAGAUGAGAGUCGUUCGGGUCUCAAACUCAGGUCCCACCAAACCUUGUCAGGGAUCAGCUCGAGUUCUGAAGACAGCCAUGAGCCCGAUAAGAGUCUUCUGUGUCUCAAACCCAUAUCCAGUCCAUCGUUGUCAGAGGUCAGCACAAGUUCUGAAACCAGCCAUGUGCAAGAUGAGAGUCGUUCGGGUCUCAAACUCAGGUCCCACCAAACCUUGUCAGGGAUCAGCUCGAGUUCUGAAGACAGCCAUGAGCCGGAUGAGACAUUGUCUUCUGGUGGAUCCUCUUUGAUUAAUCAUUUACAGUCUGAGCUUGCCUUGUUUCCUGACAUAGAUGAAACAACCAGAGACGAGAGGGCUCAGAGACUUCUUGACCGUGUGAGAGAGUGUGAAAAAAUAGUGGAGGAUAUGCGGGAAAAAGAAAAAUCUGAACUAACAUUUCUCAGUAAUAUAUUUUAUAACUAAAUGUGUUGAUUAGAAACUCCAGCUACCCGAUUGGUUCGGGUGUCCACCCAUUGGGGUUGGGAUGGUUUCAGUGGGUGUACUGUGAAUUUGAGUUGGAGGUAAUGACUGUACACAUGUUUAUUGCAUCUUUUAUAUACUGCUUUACUUUUUAUAUAUACUAUAUACUUCGAAAUUUCAAUAAAGUUUGCUACAACAACAAAAUAAAAUUAAUUGGCUAAUCUCUCAUUUGUUUUUCAGAAGGAAAUAGAAUAUUGGUGCAA